AAACCCACUUGUUCUCCUGUUUAAUAUCUCCAAGCUGCUUUUGUGGUUGCCUGUCCUUUAUCUGUAUCGCGUUCACAAUUCAUUCAUAAAAUUGGUGCAUUUCUUAAAAAUAUCACAAAAUGUCUUGCGUCCCCGCCUCCGAAAACCACGUCAAGCGCAUCAUCUUCAGUGUUGGCAACACGGCAGCUAGUUUUUCCUGCCAGUGACUGAACGAGUCUUGCUGAAGCUGUCAGGAUGCAGGUAUGACUGUGGUGAAUGUGUCAUUCGCUGCGGCUGGGUUUUUAGGAAUUUAUCACUUGGGAGUCAUAGAGGGAGUACUGAGACAUGGAGAUAAACUGCUCUGCUCUUUAAAAGCCUGUGCAGGGGCCUCAGCUGGCGCUUUAGCUGCCACUGUGAUGAUCACUGCUCCUGAUAAACUACAGCAUUGUAAAGAUUUCACCUAUAGGUUUGCCAGAGAUGUAAGAAGUCAAAGUUUUGGAGCAGUGACACCAGGAUAUGACUUCAUGCUUGAACUGCGGCGAGGCAUUGAAGAGAUUCUGCCGCCUGAUGCCCACCAGUUAGCCAAUGAACGACUCCACAUUUCAGUAACAAACUCAAAGACCCGCAAGAACUGUACGGUGUCCAGCUUCAGCUCAAAGGAAGACCUUGUUCAGGUGCUCUUGGCCAGCUGUUUUGUGCCCAUCUAUGCUGGAGUGAAGCCAGUGGAGUUCCAAGGGCAGAAAUGGAUUGAUGGAGGAUUUACAGACAGUCUUCCUAUUCUUCCUGUGGGACGUACAAUCACAGUUUCACCCUUUAGCGGCCGGCAGAAUAUUUGCCCAGUUCAUAAGGGGAGAAGCAAUCUUUACAUGAGACUAGCCAACAUGAGUGUUGUGUUCUCAAAGGAUAAUAUCAUAAGGCUGAACCAGGCCCUCUUUCCUCCCUCAUUGCCAAGACUCAAAGAACUGGAGCAAGAGGGAUACCAGGAUGCUGUUCGCUUUCUAGAGCAAGAAAGAUGGAUGCUGUAGUUGAUUUAAGUUGUUCUUAACAUCUUGAACAUCUACGUUGGGCAUAUUGACAUCAUUUACAUUUGCUUUUCUUCAUCCAGUUUCCAAUUUUUUUGUGCCAAAGCAGGGCUAUAUUUUUACUUCUGUGGUUGAGUGCCACAAUAAUACUUUGGUCUGCAACUUGCUGAAUGAUAUGAACAGAUCAGUUCUACUGCAAAUCUUUAAGAUGUCCGUUGGUUAGACUCAGAGCCCUGGGGUACGUUAAAUAUUACCUAAUAAUAUAUUUCCAACAUGUCUUUUGUUGAAAUCUGUUCGUUAUGGCUUUUAAGCCCGUCAACCUCUAGUCCAACAACUUGCCCUCUUUUGCUAACACUUGCUGCACAUAUCAAUGCGGUGUUUCGGCAAGUCAUUGAGGACAACUAUGAAGAAGAAGCCUUUGAAGUAUAACCACAAGAGACACUGUUUGAGCUCUGCGAGAAGGGUUAGCAAAGGGUUGUGGGUAUUUCUGAUGUGGCAAUGCGGAGAAAGCUGAAGCAUAUAAGAUAACUCCUGUUUUGUGAGAAUAUUUAGCAGAUGUAUAUGGAACAGAUUUGGUGCUAUUUCUCCUAUUAAGUAACAAUUGUAUUGAUUGAUCAGUGGUUAGUGCGCAAAAAUAUAUUUUUAUGCAACUUCUGUGAUGUAAUCUGUCACUUCUAAAUUAUUCUUCAUUACAAUCAAGUAUAUAAACAGAACAGAACACUAUUAGCUCUAUAAUAAUAGAUUGUGCAUUAUAUUUAAUGAAGAUCUUGGAUCUCAAUUUGUGUGUUCCAAUGUGUAGUUCUUAUGCAUGUACAGUUUUCUUUUUGUGUUUAGACUGAAUAAGUCCAGAAUACAGAAAAACUGUUCAUAUGCAAAAAGUGUUCGAUUUGGCGUUCAAUCAUAUGCACAAGUCAACAAUUAUAUAUAAUGAUGUAUAUGUAUGGGUAAUGUAUAUUAUUAAAUUAUAAUAAUGAUGAUGGCUUUUAUCCAAAACGAUGAACAAGCCAGAAAACCAUAUUUGAAAUAAAGCAUAGUAAUGCGAUUAGGAUACUGCUCCCUAAGUGUCAGUGUAUAAAUGCAAAAGUGCUAUUCUAUAUCUCCAGCUUUUUGACUCUGAUGGAUGGUUAAAUAUAAUUAGAAUUCGACUAUGCAUAGACUUUAUAUAGCCUACUGGCUCUAUUUAUACAACCCUUGAUAUUGGGAUUAUCCAAUAUUUACCAUUUAUAAUGAUUGUUCUCAAAUCAGUUGCUGCAUGUGUGAAUAAUUCAGCUGGAAGUUUAUUUUUUUUUAGAUUUUUUAUUGUGGUAUUCUGAUUUACAUUUUCUUGAAUAUGUACCAUUGGCAAAAUUUGUAAUGAAUGUAAGCAGAAUAUUUGCACAUAUAUUGGCACAUAUGCACAGAACAGACUAUGUGAAUGCUGUUGGAGAAAUAAAAUAACAGAAUGUUGUUGAAAUAUUA